AAUUGUGACCUAAAUCCAUCAAAAAAUGUAUCAAGUAAUUGGAAUCAUCGUUAAUUAAUCAAAUAAUCUUCUAAAUGAAAAUGAAAAUACUGAUAAAUUUCAAUGCUGGCGGUUGUUGAUGAUAAUCAUCUUGGUGAUGUUGAUGUUUAACAAAUUGAACACUUUAAAUUGUUUAAUUUGGUGAAGCAAAAAUUAACCUACUAUUAACAAAAGAGGAUUGUUAAAGUUGGCGGUUAUCGUUAAUUAGUUAGAAUUAAUUAACCGGAAAAGAAAAGUUGUUUAUCCAGUUCAACAUUCAUCAGAAAAAAAGACAAAUUAAUUUGUCUCUUUUUCCUCAUCAUCAUCUUUUUUUUUCAUUCAAUUUUUACCCCAAUACAAUUGAUUACAUCACCAUCGUAAUUGUGAAUUGAUAUUUGCCAUUGAAACAAAAUUAUCAACAACUGUCUUGAUUUUCAAAGUGAUUAAGAUCAUUAGAAAUUGAUUAAUUUGUCAACAAUUAAAAUGGUUUGGAAAGCAAAGGAGAUUCGUGUUCCAGUCCCAUAUGGUUAUAUUGCUACCAAAGUGUGGGGUGAACGGGAGAGCGCCGAUGUUACCAUAGUGGCCUUACAUGGAUGGAUGGACAAUGCGUCGACCUUUGACCCUUUGAUUGAAAGUUUAGAAGGAAAUUAUUACAUAAUCGCUGUUGACCUGCCGGGCCACGGGUUAUCCUCACAUUACCCAGCGGGUGUACCUUACAGAAACAUUUCCUGGCUAAUUGAUUUACGUCGGAUUGUUAAUUAUUUUAAUUUGGAUCGAAUCACUUUUCUUGGACAUUCAAUGGGCGGUAAUGUGGCCUUGAUGUAUUCCUGUGUUUACCCAGAAAAGGUUGACCGAUUGAUUGCUUGUGAUAUUUUUAAAGAGGCAACUUUCCCAACCGAUUCGCUGCCCAGUGAAAUGGCCGCUUCGAUUCAAGUUUUCCUCGAAUCCGAACAACGGCCUAAGAUCGUCAAACCUUAUUCGUACGAUGAUUGUAUUGACAUUCUCAUCUCGACCCAUUACAACGGAGCUCUGACCAAAACAAUGGCCGAUUAUCUGUUACGUCGAGCGGCUCGAGAAACAUCGGACGGUUAUGUGUUCACCCGGGAUCCUCGGUUAACUGCGAUUGUCCACCAAAAGUAUGACCUCAACUCACUAAUUAAACUUUACUCUUCCUCUAAAUGUGAAAAGUUUGUCAUCGUUGGUAAUCGAGGUACCACCAAAUUAGAUUCACCUGAAGCCCAGGCCAUUAUCGAUACUCACAAAGAAUCAUCCAAAUACUUUAAAUUGAUUAAAGUCUCCGGUGAUCAUUAUCUUCACUUAUCAGCGCCCAUUGGAACCGCUAGACAUGUUGAUGCAUUUAUCAAGGAAUCCAUUUCAAGGAUUAAUUCAUCCACACCCGAUAAUUAAUCACAUUUAAUUACCUUGUAGUAGUUGUUUCAACGUUUUUUUUUGUGUUCUUAUUUUCCCCUCACCCCAGCGGUUUAAAUAAAAUUCAUUUGAUUGGAAUUAUAAAC